CAGCGCGCCGCCCUCCCCGGCGCCGGCAAGCUGGGUCUUAGGAAUUCUGGUUUGCUUUGGCUCACUCGCUUUUACAAACUACUGGAUCUUACAUGCCUCUGUACCCCCCACUUCCACUCCAUGUCCCCAUGCUCCUGCGCCAGCAACAGGACAUGUUCUCUGGAUGUCAGCUGAGUUACUGAGGUAACUCUGCAUGUCAGUAGACAGACCGUGGUAGAACCUCAAAGCUCCUGGAGACCCCCAUCUCUCCUUAUUUUUUUUGUGUGUGUGUCCUCACUGAACAUUCAAAACUGUUUCUCCAAAGGGUUUUGCAAAAACUCAGACUGUUUUCCAAAGCAGAAGCACUGGCGUCCACAGCAGAAGCGAUGGGCAGUGUGCGAACCAACCGCUACAGCAUUGUCUCUUCAGAAGAAGACGGCAUGAAGUUGGCCACCAUGGCGGUUGCAAAUGGCUUUGGGAACGGCAAGAGUAAAGUCCACACUCGACAACAGUGCAGGAGCCGCUUUGUGAAGAAAGACGGCCACUGUAACGUUCAGUUCAUCAACGUGGGUGAGAAGGGACAACGGUACCUCGCAGACAUCUUUACCACAUGUGUGGACAUCCGCUGGCGGUGGAUGCUGGUCAUCUUCUGCUUGGCUUUCAUUCUCUCAUGGCUGUUUUUCGGCUGUGUGUUUUGGUUGAUAGCUCUGCUCCAUGGGGACCUGGAUGCAUCUAAAGAGAGCAAAGCCUGUGUGUCUGAGGUCAACAGCUUCACGGCCGCCUUCCUUUUCUCCAUUGAGACCCAGACAACCAUAGGCUAUGGCUUCAGGUGUGUCACGGACGAAUGCCCAAUUGCUGUUUUCAUGGUGGUGUUCCAGUCAAUUGUGGGCUGCAUCAUUGAUGCCUUUAUCAUUGGUGCAGUCAUGGCGAAGAUGGCAAAGCCAAAGAAGAGAAACGAGACUCUUGUCUUCAGUCACAAUGCUGUGAUCGCCAUGAGAGAUGGCAAGCUCUGUUUGAUGUGGCGAGUGGGCAAUCUUCGGAAAAGCCACCUGGUGGAAGCUCAUGUUCGCGCACAGCUUCUCAAAUCCAGAAUUACUUCUGAAGGGGAGUACAUCCCCCUGGAUCAAAUAGAUAUCAAUGUGGGGUUUGACAGUGGAAUAGACCGUAUAUUUCUGGUGUCCCCAAUCACUAUAGUCCAUGAAAUAGAUGAAGACAGUCCUUUAUAUGAUCUGAGUAAACAGGACAUUGACAAUGCAGACUUUGAAAUUGUCGUGAUACUGGAAGGUAUGGUGGAAGCCACCGCCAUGACCACACAGUGCCGUAGCUCAUACCUGGCAAAUGAAAUCCUUUGGGGCCACCGCUAUGAGCCUGUACUCUUUGAAGAGAAGCACUACUACAAAGUGGACUAUUCAAGGUUCCACAAGACUUAUGAAGUACCCAAUACUCCCCUUUGUAGUGCCAGAGACUUAGCAGAAAAGAAAUAUAUCCUCUCAAAUGCUAAUUCAUUUUGUUAUGAAAAUGAAGUUGCCCUCACAAGCAAAGAGGAAGAUGACAGUGAAAAUGGAGUUCCAGAAAGUACUAGUACGGACACACCCCCUGACAUAGACCUUCACAACCAGGCAAGUGUACCUCUAGAGCCCAGGCCCUUACGGCGAGAAUCAGAGAUAUGACUGACUGAUUCCUUCUCCGGAAUAUUUGCUUUAAAACACAGUCUGUUGGUCAAAGGCCCCAAACAGCUAUUCAGACGACGGUACUGGCGAAGAGAUGGGUCAAGGCAAGUGACCACGAGGGACUGAGGCUACACAGUGGUUUCAAAGAAAGACUGUAAGCUCGAAGGUUAAUAUAAAGCACUUAACAUGCCUCCCUGUGACCCGAUGGCACAUACAUGUUGUAGAAUAAGUUAUGGGGUUUUUAUGUUUUGUUUUGUGUUUUUACAAAACUUGAACUUGCAGGCAAGCCUUGGUUGGGUGUUUGACUUAUCCAGAAUGCUUCUCUUUAGGGAACAAGAAUGUUUUUAAUGGCAUAACAAAGGCAAGACUCUGCCUUAAUUUUUGAAAAGCUGCUAACUACAUGAACACAAAUUGUAUUUUUGUUGCAGUGUAGUUUUUGUUUUGUGUAAUUUAAAAGUCAGUGUUGAACUUUGUUGAAAGCUCAUGAUAUGUGCUUCAAAGUGGCAAGUGUUUGGCUAUUAGCUGCCAAAAAUGAGAGCCUGAUUUUUUGAGGCCAGUAAUUUGUUUGCUAGAAUUGAUUUUUUUCCUCUCUCUCUUUCUCUCUCUUUGGUUACAUAAGGGCAUUAUGUAACACUAGCCAAAUGGUAGCCUCUGGGUUGGUUUGUUAUUUUUUUUUUCCUCCAUGAUGUUAGUGGGUUAUCUCAAAUUUUAAGUUAGACUACCUAAAAUAAAUACCAAAGAUAAUGCACAUUUUUGCACAGUGGAGCUUAUACUAAAAAGGAAAGAAAGCCCUACGGCUGCCUUGAAAUCAAGAGACAAUAACUUGGAACCUCAGCAAGACCUUGAACUGCCCUCUCCUUUUGCACCUUAUUCAGAAAACAGAACAUCAUACUCAAGAGUGUAGUAAGUGUAGUGCUUUUUAAAUUGUUUUCUUUCAUGUAACUUUCGUAUUACAGGAGGAAGAAGAAAGAGGAAGUAAAAUUUGCACACCUACAUGCACAAUAUCAACAUCUUUUCUUUCCUGUGAGGUAGUGCUGGCCAGGCUAAAGCAUAAGGUGAGAGAUGUGCUCUUAGAUUUUUAUGGGUUUUCCCUUUUUGCACAUUCCAAAAUUUAUUCCACAAGAUAAGACCUAGGUUGAAGUUACUGGCAUCCUCAAAACUGAGCCAUCCCACAUGAAAGAUAAAUAGGUUUAAACCCUGCAGCUGAAUUCCUUGCUCUGACUGUCAGGACAUUUGCAGCCUGACUUCGCUGCCUUCGAAAGAUGCCACACCUGGCCUCUAGGCUGGUUAUUUUGAUCAGUCUGUCUGAAGUGAGGCCUACAGUGUCUGUAUGGGAUGCAGGUGCCAAAGUCGGGAGGCAGUGAGAUGUGGACAAGCCACUUUGAUGUAGACAUCAGCUCCAGUAUUCAGGAGGGAGAGAAAAGUUGCUUUUUUUAAUGGUAGCGGGUAGGAGUGAAAAUGUCUCAGUAUUUUAGGGCCAACAGGCCAUAAAAAAUAUAACACAAUCACAAGUAAAGGAGAUAAUGGUCUAAAAGUGUUAUUUCCCCUUUAUGAAUGCACACUCAUGAUUGAAUCUGAGCUGAUCUUUGUCUCCUGUGGAGCCCUAAAGCAGGUAAUAAGGACACAUUCUUUUCCAGAAGCCUCUCCUGUCUGGCUGUCUUACUUGCUAGAAACAUUUUUUUUUCCCCACCUUGGCUCAAUAAUGGAGCUCUUUUUUGGUUUAAAGUUCUUUAUUGGUGAAUUCUGGCGUUGCUGACUUUUCUUUUUAAUUGGAGUCUCAAAGUCAACUCUCUUAUGGUAUUAUAUCCCUGUAUGCCAUUAAAAAACAGCUUGUUCUAGAAUCCUGUAUUUUGUUAACUUGAUGUUUGUGAUGGUCUCUGGUUCUUGAACAGCCAUGUCUGAAUGAGGUGCCUGCAAUAAUAUGACAGUUUCUGCUGUUCUCAGCCUUCAAAGUCACUGGGUUUGAAAGCUGUGGCGUUAUUUUCAUUGAAUCCAAGAUAGAGAUGUCAAGCAAGUGGAUGCUCUGUUAAAUCCACAUUUAAAGGCAGGUUUGGGAAGUUGAUUAGAGAGUUGGAGGAAUUGGGACUGAGUAGACAAGAGAAUUGAAGAGGCAACCAUUUGGCCGUUGACAGUGAGAGGAUAUCGAGGGCUUCAGCUGCUGCUAUUUCAAUAUUUUGCAAAAGAAAAUAAUCAAACCAAAGAGUAUUCAGUGAUAUGUAAAUUAAUUGAAGAUAAAGUGGAGAAUGGGGGUGACCAGAGAGAAGUCUCCUCCCAAACACACACAGUGCUGCCAUUUCAAAAGACUUGAGAUAUUUGAAAGGGGUUGGGUAUGGGGGCAAGAAUGAGGGAGGGAAAUCUUUCAACUUCUUUCUGAAAAAGAAAAAAAAAAUCUAAAAUUUCUGGUGCACAGGUUUGUUUUUUUUUUUCAAGAAAAUUUUGCAGAAGCUAUGUUUUUAAAGUGUACAUUUUAUAAAGUUUAUCAGAUAUUUUCAUAUUUAAAGCCAAAUGUAAAUAGAAGUCUGUAAAGGAGAAAAAUUGCCAUAGAAAGUAUAAUUUCAGUGCAGCAAUUUCUGAGAGCUAGUACCUAUAUGCUACCGGUUAGCAUGGUUUUAGCAAAUAUUUACCAGCCUUAUAAGGUUCGUAUUGCUAUGUUCUUCUGUUAUUUAUUUCAGCAUGGACUGUUCAUUUGAAAGCUUUUUCUAGUUAUUAGUAUUUUAACAGUUACAAGCUUUAAAUGGCAAUUUUUUUUUGUCGAGAGCCAAGACACAGGUAAUGCACAACAUUUUUUGCUGCGUUUUACCUUCAAAACAUUUGUCCUUGUUGACUGGGUCUCCUUAAUUAGUGCACACAUGUCAUUAGAAUGCAAAUUGAAGAGACUCACCGUGAAUAUCUGGGGUCUAUUCCAGAUACGUGUUGCUUCUCUAUUGCAAGCAAACCCCCGCUGAAUUUACUUAGGAAUUAUUCCCUUUUAAAGAAUUUUUGCCCAUAUCUAGAUGGGCAUUAUAUUUUUGGGAGGAGGCAUAGAUUCUUGGUUAUGCUAUUUUUAGAUAAGAGGUAGACAAAGUGAAUUCUAUUUUGAUUAUUGAGAAAGGAAUAGUUUUCUAUCCCUCUAAGAAUAUACUUGAAUCAGACAUUCUAAGGAUGUCACUAUAGCACUGUAGUCAUUUCCAAAUUCCUGGAGAAAGUUGGUUUUACCUUUUUUUUUUAAUUCUAUUAAUGCAUUAUUUCUUCCCUUCACUUCCUUUCUUCCCUAUAAACUCCCAUCCCGAACCUUGAUGUUUAUUCGAUGAGCUCUACCCCCCAAAUCAUGUUCGCCUUGCAAAUAACAAUUGUCGGUCCAUAUUUUAUUAUAAGCCACUCAGUAAAGGUAAAAAGCUUGUUCUGAGAAGUAGAGUGAGUUCUUUUUCACUCUGUGUCUAUAAUGUUAAGGUGAAAAAAAAAAGUGUUGCAUAGUCACCUCCCCACUCCCAACUAGAAUUUCUUUUCUAGUUCUGUUGGGUUUCAGCUCUGGGCUCUGGCGAGUUGAACAAUCCAGGCUUUUGACAAUCGUGAUACUUAUUAUUUUCCCGUUUGCUGUCUUUUUGUAUCUAAAGUCUUCCUAUUGUACUGCACAAACCAUGGAUUGUACAUAUUUUUAUAUAUUAUGUCUUAUUUUAUUAUUUCUAAAUAAAAAAUUA